UUUACUGGGCCUAUUACAUCAGGUGACAGAUGGGAUUCUCUGGCUUAAUACCACACCAUCACACCUUAUUUUAGGCUUGUGUAUCAAAGGACAGCUUGGUGACGUACAUACAUGCCUUUACCUUAGUGUGAAGUGAGUGUGCUAAGAAAAGGAUUCUAACUAUACUACACAAUAGAGAUGUCUACGUAGAAACGGCUGCCAGACCACCUUUAGACAUAGGAUGUAGCUCUCCGUGACGGACUUGUAGAUUUGUAGUCAGAUUUACUUUCCUAUAGAAGAUGUUUCUGUCCAGGAAAGGGUUGUGGUUCCCCCUAUGUGUAAUACUAGUAUAUGCCUCUAUUGGGUCAGUGUGGUCCACCAAACAGGACGACGAUACCAUUGGCAAUGCAUUCGGAAGUCUUUUUAAAGCGAUACUCAACGUGGUGAAGUCUCAAUUUGAGGCAACAAAGGACUUUGUUCCAGGACUCGACACGGCUGGCGGAGAGACAUCAACGAACGACACAGAUCAGAAUGCGGGAGUCAAUGGAACUAAGGGAAAGGACAAUAACGAUGUCAAGCAGGUUGAUAUGAAAGUGGGUAUGACAUCAAAGAACGUUUUCGUAAAUGAUAAGUCGUUUGUCCAGGGGUCGACUUCCUCUCCAUCUAUCCAUGAAGAUGUUUCAUCCACGACAGAAGCAGAAGAUCACAGAACAUUUACGGAGGGAUCGAUUGAAAGUACUAUUCAUAGACCCGGUCUACAAAACCAGGAUCAAAGCGUAUCGGAGACCGGUGAUGAGGAUCAGGCCUUUGUUCCAGCUCACCUGAGUCAAAGUGUAUCGGAAGAAUUAAAUCCUGAUCAGGCGUCCAGUCAGAAAACUGGUGAUCAGAUGGCAAACCAAGCCGAUACAACAGUUCAAAUGACAGCUGAUGAGCAUCAGUCAACUUAUACUGAGGAGGCUGUAGGGAAUAGUAAACUUCCCGGUGUGUCAUUCUCGAGUGCCGAAGCCUUAUCACAAGAACAAAGUCUACCAGGAAUGAGUGGGGUUCAGGGAGCAGAUGCAUGGCCAUUCCAACCCGAUGUUAAAGAAAUGUUAGGAGUUCUUGAACAAGAGAUAAUCGAACCAGUGGAUAACUUAAACAGCAAGUCAAACGAUGGUGAUGAGGAACUAGAUAAAGCAGGUUACGUCCACGCAAACAACAUGACGGAAGUAGAAGUGUCCACCACUAUCGAGACAUCAGCCCAGAGCCAGAGCCAGUCUCUAACCGACGAUACAGCACAAAACCCAUCGAAUGUAGACGUUCAAUAUCAAAGUCAGGAAACAGAAAGGAAAAUGCCGAAUCAUGAUGGAACUGAGGAUGGACUAUCCGAAACAUUUUCAAAUAGUAUCGAAAACCCUGAAACAAAUGACUCAAAUACGACUGGUCUUAUUCUAGAUGAUAACCUGGCCUCGUCGGACGGAUUCCAAAAGGUCGGAGGAAAUAAUGGAGAAAAAAGUCUGUCUGAUUCAUUACAGGGAUUACCUGUAACGAAGGAGGACGGAGGGGACAUCUGGCCAUUCCAACAAGAUAUCGGGGGUAUGGUUCACACUUUGGAGAAAGAACUGGACCAGUAUGGAAUGUCUCCACCAGAAAAACCAGGUCAAGGUCAUGAUAACUUUGGUGAAGAGGAACUAAACAAUGAUAAAAAGGUAGAGCAAUCUAAUAUAAAGAUUAAGGACGGAAAUACCCCGGCAGGCAAUGUGGAAACCCAUUUAAGUAACGAAGAAAGUGUUGAUCAAGAGAAAUCACAGAGCCCUGGAGGACCUAAAGACACCAAAGGAUCUGAUGAAUCUAAUACGCUACUUCGUUUGGUAAAUACUCUAUAACAACAAAGCGGAGGCACAAAUAAACAAAUGCUUGGUCAAUAGCGCAAGUCUUUAUGCUGGAUUUUCUUUCCGUAAUAUUGAAAUUUGCUUCCAAAUCUACCUAGUGUAGACAAAUGUCUGUAACAUGCGUGAACCAAAUACAACAUAAUGCAGUAUUAAAAUAUGAAAUAUUAUA